CUUACGAAUGCCCCGGCCACUUUCCAAGCGGCUAUGACAACGGAGUUCCGACACAUGCUGGAUCGAUACGUACUUAUCUAUCUCGACGACAUCCUGAUAUACAGCCGGAGUUUGGAGGAGCAUGUGGAACACCUGCGCAUCGUUUUGGAGGGGCUACGACAGGCCAAGUACAAAGCCAACCGCGACAAGUGUGAAUUCGCGCGGCAGGAGCUGGAGUACUUGGGCCAUUAUGUGACGCCGCAAGGCAUCCGUCCGGUCGCGGACAAGAUCGAGGCCCUACGAGUAUGGCCCGAGCCCACCAACACCACGGACAUUCGCUCAUUCAUGGGAUUGGCGGGCUACUAUCAGCGAUUCAUCACCGGAUACUCCAGGAUUGCUGCACCUAUGACAAGGUUACAAUCGCCAAAGGUGCCAUUCGUAUUCGAUGACGACGCACGCCGGUCAUUCCAAGCACUUAAGACGGCCAUGCUCAUGGCACCUGUCCUCAGCAUCUAUGACCCCACCUUGCCGACGAGAGUGACUACGGACGCUUYCGGCUAUGGCAUUGGGGCAGUCUUGGAACAACACGACGGCGACGACUGGCACCCUGUGGAGUAUUUCAGCCACAAAGUGCCUCCCAUCAACUCGCUGGAUGAUGCAAGAAAGGAGCUACUCGGCUAUCUUCGGAUCACCCGCCGGCCAGCCAUUACCGCAUUGCGGACGGGUACUUCCUCCUCCACUCGAGAGGCAAGGACUUACUAUGUGUCCCACGCGACCGUCGUCUUCGGACUCGCCUCCUUGGCGAGUAUCAUGAUUCACGACUCGCCGGCCAUUUCGGAGUCAACCGCACUAUUGCACGGCUUCGACAGCGAUUCCCAUGGCCCGACCUCAUUACCGAUGUCACUCGGUAUUGCGACUCUUGCGAAGUUUGCCGACGCAGCAAGCCCCGCAACCGCAAUCCCUACGGCGAGUUACACCCGAUGCCUAUCCCACGGGAACCCGGUCUCUCCAUUGCCCAUGGACGUCACCGGCCCGUUUCCUCGCGACCGGCUCGGACACGACGGCAUCCUCACGGUUGUGGACCGAUUGAGAGUCCGGCACAAUCAAACCGCUCAAAUGAUGCUUCGUACGCUCAUUCGUCCGGACCAGAAAGAUUGGGUUGACCGCCUCCCCGACAUCGAGGUCGCCUACAACAGUUCGGUGCACCCGGCGAUCGGCGUGACUCCAUUCGAGUUGCACCACGGUGGACGGAAAGGCCGCAUCUUCACUGACCUUCUCCUCCCUCGACCAGCCGACAUUGACGCCGCUUGCUCCCCCGCUUCCGUUCGGAAGUACAGGGACUUGUUGACUCAAGCCCGCACAAAUAUGCAAAAGGCUCAAGUUCGCAUGCAGCAGCAAGCCAACAGGCGUCKCGUACCAUGUCCCAUCCGUGAUCUGGUUUGGGUCUCCGCGGAAGAGUUUGCACUGGAACAGGACGUUUCACGCAAACUGCUUCCCAAGUGGUUUGGACCUUGGUCUGUGASAGCAGCCGCGGGCGAUGAGCCCGAUGGCCCUUCAUUUGUGAUCAACAUUCCAGAGCAUUUGACGGUCCAUCCGGUCUUCCACGCCUCGAAGCUGGCAACCUACACGCCAGCCAAGAGCGAGGACUUUCCGGGCCGACGAUCGCAGGACCCUCCUUCUAUGGAUGGCCAUCAGGAAGUUGACCGCGUCAUCACCGAUCGCAAGUACGACAACAAGCCGCGGAAGUACAAAGUCACAUUCAAAGCAUGCGAUCGCGACGACACUCGGUGGAUUUCAGGAGCAGAUUUGAAAGCAUCUGCACCGCUGAUCUACGCUCACUAUGAACGUCAAAGGUUAGCCAAGGGACCUCCACGACCUGCCCCUCCCACCCGGACUGUGGUCCCUCCCUCAGACAGACAGCUUCGCCCUAGCAGGUCAGCUCGGUCUUUCAAGGAGGGGGCGGUGUGGCAUACUGCGUAGCCACGGGCCCUGUAGGACCCGUCCCGGACAUUCAGCCUAAAAGCCUAAAACU